ACCAAGGGUCCAGCCAAGCCCCUAUAGACUUUCGGUGUUAAUGAGUUACUGACUCGUCGCUGCGUGGCUUUAUAAGGGCUUGGUGUGUGAUAGACACACAUCAGAGAGUCUGAUCUGUUUCCUGAGGUGCACUUCUACCACCACAACAGAGCAGUUCUACUGUUACUGAAGAGCUGAAAAUCCACGACCUGUACUUCAACUACUACAGACCUGUUCUCCUACAGAGUAGUAGCACUACUACAGAAGAGCUGUACUACUGCUGCAACAGAACUGCAUCACUGCUGCGACUGGUGCUUCCACUAGCACAGACCUGCAACAACCUGAGACUCAGAGACUUCGCAACCAGCCUGAGAAUGAGAUCAUUAAGGGUUUUUUUGCUGUUGACGUCUUGUGUCCUGUGGGGCAGUCUGGGUGUGGAGGUCAGGGAUGGAGACAGAAGCUACCCUCUUGAGACAGUGAAGGUGCUGAAGGAGCUGAUGGAUGCAGACUCCUUCCUGAACCCCCGCCUGGCCGAGACCAGCGCCUCGUCCCUCUGUGCCGACCCCGCCCUGCCUCAGGCCUUCCUGCCAGUGUGCCAUGGCCAAGGAGCAGCUAUGACCUUCUACCGGCUAGCAAUGCUCAUAACACCCCCUGAUCCUUGUGAAAUCUGUGCCAACCCAUCCUGCUACGGCUGUGUGUUCGAGUGACAGGGUGACCGGAACGUUAGUCCAAACAUCCCCAUGGAGAAUCUACAGGGUGACCAUCCAAAUAUCCCCACGGAGAAUCUACAGGGUGACCAUCCAAAUAUCCCCAUGGAGAAUCUACAGGGUGACCAUCCUCCUCUGUUACAUUUACAACAACAACAACAACAGCAACAACACGUUCCCCUCACUCGCCUUUCUUUUCACCCAGCCACUAUUCUCUUUCCUCACCUUCAUCUUCCCUCACCCACUCAUCUUCCUCCAACCAGCCCCUCCCACUAGCCUCCACACCCCUCAACCUCUCGCCCUCCUCCUCCUCCUCCUCACCUCCUCACCUUCCACAAGGCUGCAGACCAGACAGAACAGUGUCGUUAAAUCUAUAGUGUGUUACUUAGACGGAGGAAGGAAACUAAACUGCUUCACAGGCAAAUGCCUGUUUGUCACUAAACAUGUCUGCACAUUUACUGAGUGUUCUUGUCGUUCAUCAUGAACUAGAUGGAACUGGAGUCAUUUUUAAGGUUGUUGUAUUGUUCUGUUUGACAUUUUAUACUAAUUUAUUAUCUGAAAAUGUUUCCUCACGGUUCAUUAUUUUGCACUCUGUGGAACUGAAAAUAAAAAUGUGUUA